AAGAGUAUGAAAAGGCAGCAGCUGGCUGUGGGGUGAGAUGAUUACACAGGCCACAACACAGAGAGGUUUCUUCACACGACCUUAUACCCUGAAAUAUUACAGACUUUGGGUUAAGAAGAAUAUCAAGGACUUCAGUAUAAAUCUGUAGAGAAACAAAAAAUUUGUUAGCCUCUGAAAAAGGAAGAAGAAGAAGAGGAAGAAGAAAAGGAUACCUGGGGUAUUUUUUGGAUUGGAUUACCUUACGUCUUCCCUUAGGUGGCUAUAUCAUCCUUAACCACAAGGCUGGAGAGCUAACAACAGUAUGGCUGUGAUCCUGUGGGCAAUGGGUCUGUCUCUGCUCAUGCAGGGCUGCCUGUGCAGUCUUGGACAGACUGCCAGAGGCUGCAUGAAGUGGAAGCAAGAUGGGAACAAUGUUUGCUGUGAAGCCUGUUAUCCAGGACAUCACUUGGUCAAAACCUGUGGUCAAAGCCCAAAAGAUCUUUGUGUCCCUUGUGAGCCGGGGACAUAUACACUGGACACUAAACCCUUAAAGUGUAACAGAUGUACACAAUGUAUAGGUGUUCAGGUUCUUGUGAAAUCAUGCACAGCAACAAGUAACACACAGUGUGGCUGUAAAGACGGACUCACCUGUGGUGAUAACAGCUGUUCCUUCUGCACUGACAAGUGUGACAAAGGCUACGAACCUACGAAGGACCGUUCCUGCAGACCAUGUCCAGAGGGAACCUUCAAUGACCAAAUUCACCAGAUGUGCAAACCCUGGAGUACCAAGUGUCCCAAUGCAGAUCAACAUAUUAUAGCCAAGGGAAAUGCAGUUAAUGACAUAAAGUGUGCUAACGUUACAGUUCGUCCAUCGCACAAGCCUGUUGAACCUGAUAUGACAGAGGCAACUUGGAUAGUUUUAUCUGUGGUCACCUGUUUAACUGUGAUGGGCGUUAGCAUCGUCAUCAUUGCAGUGGCCCUGAAACUUCUCCAGAAGAAGCCACCAAAGCCAGACACAAAAACACCAAUCAUCAGAACCCCUACAGAUGAUCCUAGGACAUUAAUAGCAAUUGAGUGCAGUUUUCACGAGGCCCAGCAAGAGCAAGGCAGCAGCUCAGAGUCACUGGACUCCAAGGACUCCUCAGACCAGCUCAUUGCAUGAAUGGAUGGGAACCAGGCAAGAAAGCCACACUGAAUUACCUGUUCAUGUAAAAAAAAAAACAACAAAAAACAGAUCAGAUCAGAUCAAGAAUAAGAUGGGAUCCCUCUCUGUGAUACUGAGCCAUUAUUUUGGAGGUUGUCAUUGUAAGUACACCAGGACACAAUUUUAGUGAUCUUUUGAUCACACAGUAAAUGUACACAUGGUAUUAAGGGGAAUUCUGGGAGGAAAAAGAUACAGUGGACAGCCUAGUCAUCAUGCAAAUUAAAACAGUGAGGCUGUGUUUUCCCCCCAGUUUAGUUAGGCUUUAAAGAUAAAGUAGUCCUAAAAUAGCUAUGGGAAAUUUUAAAUCAUUAGAUCAAAUUUGGCACUGGAUAAUGGUAGAACAGCAUACCUUUUGAAACUCCUUUUAAAGGAGUUUGACUACUGUAGGAUUUGAAUGAGUGUGAAUGAAUUUCGCUUCUCUGAUAUUUGCAUGUCUGAGCAGUAAAGCUGCCAAGUGUUGCUGUGUGUGAAUUUACAGUGCAGGUGGGUGUUCAGAUGGGUGUAAAAGAAAAAAAUGACGGCAGGUUUUAGUGACGCCAAGGGUCAAGCCUACACAGCAACCUAGUUACCUACUGUUUACUGCUGAAUUUGUACAUUUAUGACCCUGUUGCAACAGCCAAAGAAGAACAAUGCUGCACCAGUCAUGGUUUUCUGUGGUGAAAUGUGAUUCAUCAAGAGACAAUACUUUUUGUUAGUUAUUAAGUUUGUCUAUGAUACGAACUACUUUGUGUGAUUCUGAAAGUAAUAGCUUUGUGUGCUAUCGUAAACAAAGCUGAUAUUGAGGACAACAUGAUAUAUAACCUCCUCCACUCUACAGCACAAGGAAGUGUAUAAGGAAUAUAUGGACUUUCCUAUGAUUGCUUAACUAGUCUCAAAAAGUCCAGUGAAGGGGGUUUCCCCUUUUUUUAAAAUAGGUAAUCCUGAAGUUCACACAGGGGAGUCUACAGUUCAGUACUUUUUUUUUUUUUAAUGAGACAAAGAUCUGGUCAUCGUUCAACUGCACUUAUUUGGCAAGCUGAGACAUGCGUCUUGGGCAAGAGAUUUUGGCAACACUCUGUGGUUAUCCCGAGUGUAAUCUUGACAUGCUUCAUAACCGCAUAAACUGCACAUAGAAUGUAGAGAUUCCUAUUUAGUGCAUCAUGUGGGAAAUCCUUUGGAGAAAUAUGAUACACGUUUGGCAAAUAAAGAAGGCACACAAGAUACCAUAAUGAAGCUCAAGAUCAUAUGGAAACCCCCCCACCCAAGAUCAGCUCUAUACUCCCUUUUGCUUUUGUUUAACUUUUAGCACAGUGGAGUGGGCAGCAAGAUGAGACCAAGUGGAACUUUUCGUCUUUUUAAAAAAACAUAUUUAUUUUCUGAACUGUAGCAGGCGUACCUUUCUUCUGAAAUGGAAAAUAUGAGAAACAUGCUGUGUAGGCUUGUGUGAAAAUGUUAGCCCACACCUAUAGUAAUGUAUCAGUGACUAUGUAUGAGUCACAACUCGAGUGAAGUACUGUCUGGUGGAAGACCACAAAGUUCAUGAGCCUUGAGAGGAGUUACCACAGUAUUGUCUAACAUAAGUUGUACAGUCAACUGUAGCACUUUAUUUCACCUGGUAACUGUUACCUGAUUAAUGUUAUGCACUUCUUGUUAGUUUGGUAUGUGAAUUUAUCUUUCUGCCUUAUUACAUUUUGUAAAUGACUUAUUUUUAUCAUAUGCCUCUUAGGAACCGUUUAUGAACAUUGGAUUAAACUGUACUACAAGCAUUCUUUUACACUGUACUUAAGAACAUUUUUAACAGCCAAUAAAUUUGUUUUUUUUA